AAAAAAAUGAACAACGCGGUGAUUUGGUUAAUUACUUUGGUAUUUCUAAUGUUCUCUGCAACGUCAACCAGAAUUGUGGCACAUAUACCAUACAUAUUUCCAAAGACAAAAACAAGAGAAGCGGUUUGGGGUCAAAAGAUAAUGAGAGUGAAAGAUUCAUCUCGGAGGCAGUACUUCACAGCAUGCACCUGGAUCCGUUGGAUCAUCCCACCAGCCAAUAAGCCCUAG